UCUCUUUAAACAAACAUGAGCUCAGUUUCAUCCAUACCGGGUAAAUGGACUGACACUAAUGGAUGAUCUUAACGCAGAGAUACACGUGUGUGUGGGCUGUUAACCCAGGCCUGCCCACCUGAUCUGCCUAUAAAGACCCAGAAGUUUGAGAAGAGGCCACGAAACCAGCAGCAGAAGAACCAGAAGAACAUUUGCGGUUGAGAAGCAAACUGCUGUUCAUCUACAUAUCAAUACAAUACAUCCAUUGGACGUGUGUAUAUGAACUCUACAGAAGCUAUCAAAAUGAAAGGUGUCCAAUUUCUCGCUGGUCUUCUGCUUUCCCUCUUCCUUCAAAACAGCAUGUGUGCCCCUUUGCAAGCAGAAAACACAAGCACAGAGACAGUAGAAAGUCUUCUUCCGAGGGGUCAAGAUUUCACAACCGUAAAGAGGCAUUCUGAGGGGACGUUCUCGAACGACUACAGCAAAUACCUGGAGACCAGGAGGGCACAGGACUUUGUUCAAUGGCUCAUGAAUUCAAAGAGAAACGGUGGUCCAGCCAGGCGUCAUGCUGAAGGAACCUACACCAGCGACAUCAGCUCCUACCUGCAAGACCAAGCGGCCCAGAACUUUGUCGCCUGGCUAAAAUCUGGACAGCCCAAACAAGAUGUUGCAGGCAACAGAGGUGCAGAUCUGCCCCGUAGGAGGCAUGUAGAUGGCAGUUUCACCAGUGAUGUCAACAAGGUUUUGGACAGCAUGGCUGCCAAGGAGUACUUACAAUGGGUGAUGAACUCUAAAACAUCAGGGACAAGUGGCAAACAAAGCGGGAAUUAAUGAAGAACCUAUUUGGCUUCCCUAGAAGAGUUUAAAUAUGGAUCCUGAAGGGGCUUCAGUCAUCAAAAGAAUGGAGGCCGUAUUGCUUUAAGCCAAAAUUGAUUCAACUCUGGAAAUCUAAAGCCAUAGGCCUUUUUUUUAUUUGAUUUUUUAGACAUCUGAGCACUGUGGUCAUUGUUAUUUAUUUUCCCAAGAGUUAAAGAACAUGGUGUAAGUAAUAAGGAAAAUUGAAAUAUUUUUCUAUAGUUUUGAAUUAUUUUCUACGUGUGCGAUAUUGAAGGAACAUGUAAAAAAAAAAAAAAAAAAAAAAAAAAAAAAACACAGGUUAAUGCACUAA